AUGGAACCAAAAGUAUUAUCAAUUCAAUCAUGGGUUUGUCAUGGUUAUGUUGGUAAUAAAUGUGCAGUAUUUGCACUUCAACAUUUAGGAAUUGAAGUUGAUCCAAUCAAUUCAGUGCAUUUAUCAAAUAAUACAGCAUAUCCAACAUGGAAAGGUGAAUCAUUAACACCAAAUAAAUUGGGUGAUUUAUUCCAAGGUUUAGAAGAUAAUCAUCUCACUUCAAAUUAUACACAUGUAUUAACUGGUUAUAAUAACUCUGUUCAAACUUUACACACAGUUUUAAAAAUUGUAAAAAAAUUAAAAUCUGAAAAUCCAAAUUUAAUAUAUGUAUGUGAUCCAGUAUUAGGUGAUAAUAAUGAAUUAUAUGUACCAGAAGAUUUAGUUGAAGUUUAUAAGAAUGAAGUUAUACCAAAUGCAGAUUAUAUAUUUCCAAAUCAAACAGAGGUUGAAUUUUUAACAGGUAUUAAAAUUAAAAAUGAUCAAGAUGCAUUAAAAGCCAUUGAUCAAUUUCAUAAAAUGGGUGUGAAAAAUGUCGUAAUCACAAGUUUAUUCUUUGAUACAAAUCCAAAUGAUAUCAUUGUUAUUGGUAGUACUAUAAAUGAUGAUGAUAAUAAUAAUAAAUAUAAUCAAUUUAAAAUUAAAGUUGGACCAAAAUUUAAUGAUUAUUAUACAGGUACUGGCGACUUGUUAAGUUCAUUAUUAUUAGGUUGGUCAAUUAGAGAACCAACUGAUUUAUCUUUAGUUUGUGAAAAAGCAAUUUCAAUCCUUUACAAUAUCAUUAAUGAAACUCAUAACUCUAAAAAAUCAAUUCCUUCAAAUAAAGAAAAACAAUACUAUGAAUUAAGACUUGUACAAUCAAGAAAAUUUAUUGAAAAUUCUGAAAUUAGAUUUAAGUCUGAAAAAUUAUAA